CGAUUCAAAGAAGGAAAGAAAAAAACAAAGAAAGAAACAAACAAACCCCGAGGAUUUGUGUUUCCAUUGCAACCGAACCCCUCUUUCGCUCACACUUUCCCUCCUUCUUUCCUUUGGCUUCUUCCUCUGCACACAUUUCUUCUGCCACAGCUCAGAAAAAGUUACAAUCCUCCAAAUUAGGUAAAACCCGAUCUCAUCAUCGCUCUCGCUCCAAAGCCCAUUGCAUCCAAAUUCUUCCCUUUCUUCAAUGCUGCCAUCUGUGUCCUCUUCUUCCAACUGAUUCAAAUCCUUCCUUCUCAGCCUGUAGCUCGCGCUAUCUUCUAUGGAUUUCAUCUGGACCCAAAAUGCCACGCCCGAUGCCUCUCAUUUCGCCGUCGCGAUCUACUUCGCUUUUGCCUGUUUCGCGGCCCGCUUCUUCCUUGACAGAUUCGUCUUUCGCAGGUUGGCCAUUAGGCUGUUAACAGGGGGUAGAGCUCCUCCACGGAUUACUAAGGAAAUGCAAGUAAAGAUUGGAAAAUGCUCAGAAUCGUUGUGGAAGUUUACAUACUAUGCUGCAGUUGAAGCAUGCAUUCUUAAAAUUACCUACCAUGAACCCUGGUUCAGUAAUACAAAAUUAUACUUCAAGGACUGGCCAAAUCAUGAGUUGAAGAGUUCCCUAGUGCUUUACUACAUGUGCGAAUGUGGGUUCUACAUCUAUAGCAUUGCUGCUAUCUUAACAUGGGAGACUCGAAGGAAAGAUUUUUCUGUGAUGUUUACUCACCAUAUAAUUACUGUCUUACUGAUUGGGAUCUCAUAUCUAACAAGUUUUUUUAGGGUUGGCUCCAUAAUCCUCGCCCUUCAUGAUGCAAGUGAUGUAUUCAUGGAAGCUGCCAAAGUUUUCAAGUAUUCUGGAAGAGAGUUUGGUGCAAGUGUGUGUUUUGGAUUCUUUGCAAUUUCAUGGCUCUUGCUGCGGCUAAUUUUCUUUCCUUUCUGGGUUAUUAAAGCAACAAGCAUUGAUCUCCAGCAGUGCUUAAACCUAUCAGAGGCUUAUGACAUGUUCCUUUACUAUAUUUUUAAUACACUGCUCAUAAUGCUGUUCAUCUUCCACAUAUACUGGUGGAAGCUCAUAUGUGCGAUGAUCAGUAGGCAGCUGAAAAAUAGGGGAACAGUUGGUGAGGAUAUAAGAUCAGAUUCAGAUGAUGAUUGAAUUAUUGAUGAAGGGUUUUGUUUUCUUUGUUCUCGAUGGUUGGUUGUAUCUCCGAUGAUACUGACCUGUCUAUAGAUUUCUAGGAGUUCAGUUGGUUAAUACAACCUACUGAAGAGGUCUGAAUUUUCUUUAGUUUCAAAAUUUUCAUUGAUUACCGAGUAAAAAGGAAGUAGGGAACCGUCGAGCAUAUUCUAAUUCAUAUAUUUUUGUUGUAUAAAUGAUAGGCAUUCCUGUAUAAUUGUUUUUCCAAACAAAAGCCCGUUUAGGUUAGCCAUGGGUUUAAUGCAAAGUGGCUGAUAAAGAUAUGAAGGGGAAUUAGGGGGGAAAAUAGAACUCUUACAGCCCAUCUACAUCUGAAGUUGCGCUUUUGAGCAAUAAGCUGUGGACUGUUUGGUGCAGUGUACUGGAUUCUUCAUGUAAAAUUGUGAUGAUGCGUUUUUU